CUCUACCGGAUUACCUCUUUCUCAUUUCUCUCGUGUUAGGAGCUCUAAAUCCCUUCUUCCCUCACUCAUUUGCCACCUGUAAUGGCGACAUCCAUAGCAGCUCGCAUCUCCAGGAAGGCCGUGGCCUCCGCUUUCUCCGCUCACCGUCACGUCAUCUCGUCCCGUUGUUUCGCCACGGAGGCCGCGAAAGCGAUCUCGCCGUCGUCGGAUCAAGUGAAGUGGGAUUACAGGGGCCAAAGGAAGAUAAUCCCUCUCGGACAGUGGGUCCCGAAGGUCGCCGUCGACGCUUACGUGGCUCCUAACGUCGUAUUGGCGGGUCAGGUAACCGUCUACGACGGAGCGUCGGUGUGGAACGGCUGCGUGCUACGCGGCGAUCUCAACAAGAUUUCCGUUGGAUUCUGCUCUAAUGUCCAGGAACGCUGCGUCAUUCACGCCGCUUGGUCCUCACCUACCGGACUUCCAGCUGAGACAACAAUUGAGAGGUUUGUGACGAUUGGUGCAUACAGUCUCUUGAGGUCAUGUACGAUCGAGCCGGAGUGCAUUAUCGGACAGCAUUCUAUUCUCAUGGAAGGUUCCUUGGUGGAGACUCACUCUAUCCUUGAAGCCGGUUCCGUAGUUCCCCCAGGCAGGAGAAUCCCAACCUGCGAGCUUUGGGCAGGUAAUCCAGCCAGGUUUGUUCGGGCACUGACCCAUGAAGAAACCUUAGAAAUCCCAAAACUCGCUGUAGCAAUUAAUGAUCUGAGCAAAGAACAUUUCUCAGAGUUCCUUCCAUGCUCAACAGUAUAUCUGGAAGUUGAGAAGUUGAAGAAGUCCCUGGGAAUAACUAUUUGAUUUCAUGUUUCCAUAUAUGAGUAUUCGAUCAUGUCGGCUUUAGUAU